AUGUUCGAUGCUCUCUUCGGUGAUACAAGCCCGGAUAGCGAAGGCAGCGAUUCAACUUCCUCUAUUAUCGGAAUUACUAAGGCGUCUAUCACGUUGGAUUCUGGGCAACUUGCGAAUCUUGACUUGGGUAUCUCUAAUGGGAGAAAUAAUGCGUGGCUAGGGUCAUUAUUCACUCUAAUACCAGGCACGCAAAUGUGCGAAGAGCUUUUCAAGAUGGCAGGAAAAUGGAGGCCAUUAUCAAUGUCUGUCCCCUCAGCGAUGGAAUACCUUGUUGCGGUUGAAUUACUUCCUGAGGAGCAGCUGAACCGCAUUUCAGUCCCGACUUCACUGAGCGGUGAGCUUGCAAUCAUAAAGGGACUUCUCCUCUCCAGAAAAGGUCUACAUAAAGCAGCAAUUCGAGUCUUGUUUGAAAACCUACCGAUGACAAUCACUACAUAUGGUCAGGCUUCUCUUGAGGUUGGUAUCGUUACUGCAGAGUAUGCGAACUGUUAUAACAUGUUGCGUCAAGAGAGCAUUGCCAACCGAAUUUCGACACACUUCCUUGCCCUAAGAACAAGCCAAGAGCUCCUCAAUCGGCAGGACUGGUUCUUCCUGAGCCUUAUUCAGAUCGACUCACUGAUCGGGACAGGGGAAUACCAACAGGCCGAUCUAGCUCUCCAGGGCGUCAUGGCCAAGCCUUCAAUACCAGCGUAUAUAUUUGCUAUGAGCUUCCUACGACUUUCCAAGAUACGUAGGAGAACUGGUCGGAGCCUCAAUUCGAAAGCGAGUCCUGGGGUCGCGUCUCAUCUUCGAACUGGAAUCGAACUGUUUGCACAAGUACCAACAAUAUUGCAACAGGAGAUUCUUGAGGAGGUUGCUUGCGAGCUUGCUAACAAGCGGUACUUGGAUCGAGAGACUCAGCAAGCCCUUAAUACAGUAAACACUUAUCUCAGUACCAUGGUUAUUGACACCACACCAUCUCAGUCGAGGUAUGAGAACACACAGUAUAGUUUAAAGCAACGCAUUUUACACGAAUGGGAUGCACUCGGAACAUCAUCGAAGGAGCGACAUCAAGAAACAAACGUACAUGGCCAGGAUACCUUUCCACCAACUACCCUUUCUGACCUUUCUACAUCGAAUGGCAAAGGGGUUGGAAGAUUGUUCAUGGUUCCUCACCCGAGACAUCCAAAGUUUGUUUCCAGAGACGAGGUUACCACAAUCACCGAAAUCCUGACAAGGCCCGAACGGCCUACUACAUGCCUAGUCUACGGUGAAGUCGGCAUAGGGAAGAGUUCCAUCGCGACGGAAGUAGUUUACUCGUGCCACCAGAAUUUCGAUGCCGUAAUAUGGAUAGAGUCGGGCUCACCAAGCGAAGUCAACUGCCGUCUAUAUUCGAUCGCGACCGAACUUUGCAUAGAUGGCCUGACUGAUAGUAGUGACGGGUAUGUGAGGUCUCGGCAGUGCAUGAUCGAAUGGUUGAGACAUCCCUUGACGCGAAGCGAAACUGGUGUUAGACUAUUUAAGUAUCUAAUUGUUUUUGACGGUUUCGGGAGUGAGCAUGCUCUCAAGCCCUUCUGGCCAAGUGCCUCGACCCCUUGCUCGGUCCUUGUCACUGCCCGGAAUAAUUUCUCCCUUCCUCGCAUUGGCAGGGUAUACAUCAACACACACGAGCUCAAAGUCAGGCCUCUCUCCUCUCGACAGGCGAUUCAGCUCUUCAAUUACUCCAUGGGCUGGUGGGAUGACGAACAUGGAGAAUCUCUCUUGCCAAUCUCCGAAGACAAUCCAUUGGCUAUCUUGAAAACUGUGGAAUCUUUAAAGAGGAUAAGAUUUUCUGCCUGGCAUAUUGAAAAUGCCUUCAAGGAAUAUUUGAAGUCAUACUUGGAUUGCGAAGAUGUCAAAUUUCAACUCAACCACAGCAAAUCCCUCAUCGUGUUAUGGUUCGUCGAUUUCGCGUCUCAGAAGGCGAAGGACUUGCUAGAUGUCAUUGCCUUUCUUCAAGAGAGUGGUACACCUAGAACGUUGCUAUUGUCUUGUACAUCGCCAUCAAACACAUCGAAUGAGCUUGUAAUGACGGUAGACGAAUUUGAACUAGCACGGGACGAAUUAAUGGAAUUCUCACUCAUCUGGAAGAACCACGAAACAGAUAGCCUAGCGACAUCUUCCGCUAUCGGAUGUCUAAUCCGAAAUCAAAUGUCACCGGACAGAUUCGAAUCCGUCUAUGCCACGACACUGAGUCUAUUACACUCGGUCUGGCUAUGUACCUCUGACAACGCAACCCAUGUGGACGACUUUGAAAUGGAACACUCUGGGAGAUGUUCAGUAUUGUGGCCUCAGGUUCGAGAGCUCAAAGGCCGGUCUGAGGCAAUUGUUGCGCCCAAUGUAUCACGAAAUACAUCUAUUGAUUGUAUUCGAGUUCUGCUAGAUAUCACAUGGUGUGCCACCAGAAGCAGACAAUAUGAAGAGGCCGAUGAAUAUCUUACUAUGGCCUCGAUUAUCCUUUCUCGUUUAGGAGCAGUUUCGCUCUUACAUAGUGAGAUCUCGAAAGACCUCCAGCAAAGAUAUCACCUUGCGGUAAUCGAUCUCCGAUGCCUGUUUUUUCAUCACCAGGCAUGGUUGUGUUUCAAAAGUGGUAAACUCGAAAUGGGACCAGAGUUUUUCAAUCAAUGUCUCCGGUGGUUAGAUGAGGGCUUUGAACUACGUGAUAAAGGGAACUUGCAGGAUACAGGUCAUUCCCUCAGAGCUUCUGUACUCCAAGGGCUGGGAAUGCUCAAGCUCCAGACUAAACAGGUGCAGGAAGCUGUUGAGCAGUAUGCUUGUUGCCUAAGGAUGAUGGAUCUAUCUCCAGAUUAUUUCGGGCAAAGACGUCUCAUCACUAUUCACAUACAAAAAGGAUACGCCCAUCUUAUGAACAACCAGCCGAAGGAGGCGGAGGGCUCUUUUACACUCGCCUCCGACCUAGCUAAAACAUCCAAUCUCGAGGAUGAUACCUUAUUCGAUACCCGGAACUUCCCAAUUAAAUUGCUAUCAUCUUAUGGUCUUCUGAAAUACGGUCUCACCCUCGCAAAGCUUAACCAACACGCUGUACACAAGUGUAUCGAAAUGGCUCUCGAGUUUCUUAACUUGUGCAGCUAUGAUGACCAGUUAAAGGGGGCCAUUUAUAUAAUAAUGUCCUGCUGCAACGCUCGAAACGCACACUGGUAUCUUGCUAUGUAA